UAUUAGACACCGUGAAGUUAGUUUCAAACUGGCAUGCAAUAUCUAGUUUAGUUGACAGUUACAACAGAACUCUUGCCAAAGUCCUUCGCAUGCGGCGCAAAAAAAAAGAGCUCAUACCAACAGAAGCAUCGGAUCUUCUUCUCUCGCAUAUAACGCGACACGUUUAUAAUAAAGCCAUCGACGACAUUUCGCGCUUAAAUAAAUAUAAAAGUUUCUCAGAAGAAGUUUAUGGAGAGUUCAACUUUAAUCUCAUGCAAGAAAUUAUAGCCACUGUCCCUAUUGGGCAAAACGACCGCUUUAUUGAUCUCGGUAGUGGUGUUGGACAAGUAGUUUUACAAGUGGCUGGUCAAACCCGCUGUGUAAAGUCCUAUGGAAUCGAGAAAAGAAUGGAUCUGCACAACUACGCCACACGUCAAAAUAUGACCUAA